AUGAACCUGGUCUUCAACCACGGCUACGCGCUGUAUGUGUACGCUGUGGCAAACAGUGACGAUACUGCAGCCACAGUCGCUGCCGCAGAGGCCGAUUCCGUUCUGACCGCUGCCGAUCGGGCUGGCGAUGCUCUGCACCCACCGUCGCCGCCGCGUGGCGAUGCCGCCGCCGCCGCUGCGCCCGACGACGUUGCGCUCGCAGACGAACCCGCAACCGCCGCCGAGCGGGUCGACUCGGAACCACUCAUUGGCGCCGGCCACCACGAGGCGCGCGAGCCGGCACUGCUGCACGGCUCUGCGCCACGACUGGUGGCCAGCUGCGUCGACACGCUGCGCUUCCGCGCCUUGCCUACCUGCCACGCCGCGCUGGUGAGCAUGCCGGUCAUCACACCUAUGCCGGCGGCCGCAGUAGUAGGCGGCGAGUCCAGUGUCGGUGCCGCGCCUUCGGAGCUCCGGCUUUCGUCGGCACUGCCUGCGUCGCUUCCUCGGACGCUGGCCACACCGACCGAGCCCGAGUCACUCGGGCCGGUGGCGGCGCCGGACAUGCCGCCGCCGCAUGCGGUGCUGGCCUCGGUCGAGCCGCCCGACGCCGCCCCGCUCAUUCUGGGGUUUUCCACAGGCGAGAUCCUAGUUCUUCACUCGCUCUCGCCACCGUCGUCGACACUCCUCAACAAGCUCGCUGCCGCCGACGGCACCGCUGUUGUCGCCCUCGCGGUCGUUCCAGGCUCGGGCUCAGAGGCUGGCCCGGCCGACCACUUUGUCGCCGCGCAUGCCUCGGGCGCGGUCUAUGAGUACACACUCUCCGGCCAUGAGACCUCGUUCCGUGGCUGGAGUCCACCCAUGGACCUCGGGUGCGGCGUGAGCGUCGCUGACGCGCGCUCGUCGUCGCGCACGCCCUGCGUCAAAUGGCGCUUUGGCGACGAGGGCAUCGCCGUCUCCAGCCUCGCCUUUGCGCCCGACGGCUGCCACAUUGCUGUCGGCCUUGCCUCGGGCGCCUUGCACGUCGUCGACUUUUGCAACCGCAAGCGCCUCGCGGGCUGGGCUUCGUACUUUGGCUCGGUCGAGUGCCUCGCCUGGUCACCGGACUCGGUCCUUCUCGCCGCCGGUGGGCAGGACGACAUGAUCACUCUUUACAUGCCGCAUGCCGGCGGAGGGCUUCCCGUCCUCCGCUGCAUGGGGCACCAGUCGUGGCCGUCGGCGCUCGCCUUUGACUCGGCCCCGCUCGAUGGCGCCUACCGCCUCCUCUCCAUCGGCCAAGAUACUUUGCUUAUGAUGUGGGACCUGCCGGCCGCAGACAUGGACGCCGUGGUCGAGAACGCCGCAGGCAGCCUCCGAAACCGCCCGUUUGCCCAGGACUGGCUCACGCCCGCCGCACCCAUGGACGACCUCCUUGUCCUGGAGCCGACGCUCUCUCACGACGUCGCCGCCGCCCCGCUCACUGGCCUCGCCCUCACCAGCCAUCACGUCGUCACCGCCGACGACUCGGGCACGGUCCGCCUUUGGCUCCGUCCGCCGUCCGCCGUUGCCGCCGCCGUCGCUCCGCCUGCACACCACGACGCCACCGCCUUUCCUACCCCUGUCCACUCGCCUGACGACACGCUCUCAAACUCGAUUGUCUCACCGACCAAGGUCUCGCUCAUGUGGUGA